AUGGAAGCGAUCCUCUCCUCCCUCCAGCACUCCUCCUCCCCGGAAGACAUCCGCUUCCACUUCAUCUCCUCCCUACCUUCCCUCCACAAAACUAUCCUCCGCUCCUUCCCUUACCUACGCUGCCAGCUCCACAUCUUCGCUGCUUCCCUAGUCCAGGGCCUAAUCUUUACCUCAAUCGGACAAGCACUCGAUUCCCCUCUCAACUACGCCCGCAAUUACCUCCCGAUGCUGCUCCCCACCUGCUUGACAACAGUCCUCUACCACGAAUCCGACCUCAUUCUUGUCGACGACCUCGCAGCCACCCCUCUCCUUGGUAAACCCCUCGUCGCGUCGGAGUACUACAAUGCCAAGUUCACCAUUUACUUCACCCCGACCUUCUGGUCGAACUCAUCCCUGUCGCUCACUUUCGCGGGGAGGAACGCCUGCUACUUCAACAUGGGUGUGAUGGUGAUCGAUCUGGUGCGGUGGAGGGUCGGUGGGCACACGAGGAGGAUCGUGGAGUGGAUGGAGCUCCAGAAGAGGAUGAGGAUCUACGAGAUGGGUUCCCUGCUGCCUUUCCUGCUCGUUUUUGCAAGGGAGAUUGCGUUGGUGGAUCACCGGAGGAACGAGCAUGGACUGGGAAGGGACAAUUACAGGGGGCUGUGCAAGAAUUUGCAUCCGGGUCCGGUGAGCUUGUUUCAUUGGAGCGGGAAGGGGAAGCCGUGGGCGAGGAUCGAUUCAGGCCGACCGUGGUUGUUGUAG